CCCUCGGCGCGCACUUCCCGCUUCGCCCCGCCCGGCUAGGGGUGGGAAGGUCUGGCCGAGCGCCGAGCUCGGAGCUCCGAGCUCCACACCCAAAAGCACCGCCCCGGCCGCCCCGAAGUCGCCCGCUGCCCGCAACUCCGGGCUCCUGGCGCCCGCGGCUGCCGUCAUGCCCCGGGCAGUGCUGUCCACCCUCCUGCUGCCGCUUCUGGGCCUCACCGCUGCCACUGUCUCAGACUGUCCUUCAUCUACCUGGAUUCAGUUCCAAGGCAGCUGUUACAUUUUUCUUCAAGAAGCCAUUAAAGUAGAAGGCAUAGAGGAUGUCAGAAGUCAGUGUACUGGUCAUGGAGCUGACAUGAUAAGCAUACAUAAUGAAGAGGAAAAUGAUUUUAUACUGGAUACUUUGAAAAAGCAAUGGAAAGGCCCAGAUGAUAUCCUGCUAGGCAUGUUUUAUGACACAGAUGAUGCAAGUUUCAAGUGGUUUGAUAAUUCAAAUAUGACAUUUGAUAACUGGGCAGACCAAGAUGAGGAUGAUCUAGUGGACACCUGUGGUUUUCUGCACACCAAGACAGGUGAAUGGAAAAAGGGAAAUUGUGAAAUUUCUUCUGUGGAAGGAACACUUUGUAAAGCAGCCAUCCCAUAUGACAAGAAAUAUUUAUCAGAUAAUCACAUUUUAGUAACAACUUUGGUGGCUGCUAGCACAGUAAUUUUUAUGGUUUUGGGCGCGAUCAUUUGGUUCUUCUACAAAAGACAUACGGAUUCUGGUUUCACUACAGUUUUUUCAACUACAUCCCAAUCACCUUUUAACGAUGACUGUGUUUUGGUAGCUGGAGAAGAAAGCGAAUAUGCUGUUCAGUUUGACUGAAGUUUUGGUACUCUCAGGCCAAGACAGCAAUUGUCUUGACACUUGAUAUUGAAACAUGAUAUUAAAACUUGAUAUUGAAUAUAUUAACUUUUAUGGUACUCCCUACAGAUGGCAAAACCUUCAUGAAGUCAUUGACAAAGGUCAUUCUUUUGGUUGUUAACAUGUUCCUACCAGCUUAAACCUCUGAUGGUUCAAGCCAUCUAAUGAGAUACACAAAUAUGGCUCCAUCAUGAAUAUGCUAAAACAGAUUUUGGAAAAGGAACAAUCUUGUAUUCAACUUAAGGGUUUCAACGACCGAAUCAAAUACAGAAACUUUAACUCAAAGGAAAGCCGCUGAAAGAAGCUGAUAAAAAUAAAAAUCAGGCCUACUUGUCUUAA